AUGUUCCGCUGCACCCGCACCCUCCUCACUGCAGUCGCCAAGCGGUCGACGGGCAUUACCGGACUUCAAGUGUCCGCCAACCCGCUCCCCGAGCUCAAGAAGACGUAUGAGGACACCCUCCAGGCGCUCUCAGCCAUCCCGCAAGCCUCCGUCUACCGGCAAGCCGCCGAGGCCCUGACGCAGCACAAGCUCAAAGUCCUGGAGCGCGCCAACGGGGAUGUGCACGCGGCGGAGAAGGAGCUGAACGAGGGGCAGAUCGAGGAGUCCAUGGACAUUGCGCAGGACGAGCUGUCCGUUGCGACCAAGAUGCUUGAGUGGAAAGCUUGGGAGCCACUGGAAGAGAAGCCGGAGCCCGGACAGUGGACGUACUUUGGGAAGGAGGCCACCGCGUCGACACCAUAA